CCUAAACGUCAAACGCGACGAAAUCUACACGUUUGUUUACGUUCUUUUCCGAUUACGUUUUUCUCUCAUUUUUGUGUCCCGUUUCGUCGCGAACGAACGUGGAAAGCAAAACACACGGCCAGUGGACGGAAACCGUAGCUCGCGGUAAAGUGUAAUAAACCUAUUUUUAUACCACGGACACGGUGGUCAGUUCGACGGUGAUAAGCGUGCUGGCUGUGGAGUUGUAGUGCUGUUGCGUCGCGAUACCAAAUGUAAGCGAAAAAGUGCGGUGAAUUCCACGCAUCCGAAUCUUCUUCCGGCCGUCGAGCAGGAACAGCGGGCACUGCCAAAAGAUGUCGAACUGGUCGCCAAAAAUUCUCGCCAUCCGCAUCCACGCGCUGGCGGCAACGUUCAACCGGAGCUACCAUCGUGCCACUGCCCUGCACCGUCCGUCGGGACCACCGAAACUCUCGCCAUACGAUGUAAACUGUAUACUGCGCGCGAACGAACACACGCAAGAGUUUUUUGGCGGUUCGGUGAAAAGCUACGACUCGAACCAGCUCGCCUCCAACUCACCGAUUGAAGAUUCACGCAGCGAGGCGAGCUGCGUCUAUACGUCCGGUUUGCUGGUGGGGAUAUUCGACGGGCAUGGUGGGCCCGCCUGUUCACAAGUUAUCAGCAAGCGGUUGAUGCGAUACAUCGCGGCCUCGCUCGUACCACCGGACGAUCUGCGGCAGCAUAUGCUCGGCGGUGCACAAAGCUUUUCCUUCCUGAGCUGCCACAAUGAUAAGCUUGAGUUUGUGAGCGAAAUCAAGGAGCUGUACGAGAAAAGUUUCAACCAGUUCGCGAACGAACUUACCAACACUACGCUCGCCGGCUUUCAGAUGCACCAGACGCUCGAGAAUGCUUUUAUCCGGCUGGAUCAAGACCUGUCCCGGGAAGCGAUCGAAAUGCCCAGCCUCCGCACGAUGUCGGUUGCGAUGAGUGGUGCGGUAGCGCUGGUAGCACACAUCGACGGACCCCAUCUACACGUCGCCUCCGUGGGCGAUUGUUCGGCCGUGCUCGGUACCGUCACCGACACCGGUCAGUGGGUGGCGAAGAAGCUAACGAACGAACACAACUCCGACAACGUCGGCGAAGUUCGUCGCCUGCUCAGCGAACAUCCGGCCACCGAACGGGAUACGGUCAUACGCGGCGAGCGUUUACUUGGCCAACUCGCUCCACUGCGAGCGAUGGGCGAUUUUCGCUACAAAUGGAGCCGCGAACAGCUCGAGCAGCUAGUGGUGCCCCAGUUCGGGGAGCAAGUAAUCGCACCGUACUACCUCACGCCACCCUACCUGAGCGCGUGUCCCGAAAUUACGCACCACAUACUAACACCGCGCGACAAGUUCCUCAUCAUCGCGAGCGACGGCCUAUGGGACACGAUGAGUGCCAUGCAGACGGUACAUCUGGUCGGUGAGCACAUGUACGGGAAAGCUUUCCUGUCCCCGUUAACCCUGCCCAAGCAGGACAUUACGCUCGGGGAAAUCAGCCAAAUGCUGAGCACGCGGAAGGCGGGCCUGCAGAAAAAACCGCUCGAUCGGAAUGCGGCGACGCAUCUCAUCCGGAACGCGCUCGGCGGAACCGAGUACGGUGUGGAGCACUCGAAACUGUCGCACAUGCUUUCGCUCCCGCAGGACAUCGUGAGGCUGUUCCGGGACGACAUUACCAUAACGGUCAUUUAUUUCGACUCGGAAUACCUACGGAACUGUCCCACCUGAUCAGGGAGGAAUGACGAUCCACUGGUGCUGAAAGGACGGAAACGUAAUUGCCGUUCUCGUAAGCAUUUACCUACCGACCUCCCGGAUACACGCCCCUAUUAAAAGGCUGGCCUUUUUCCGCAUGUGAGUGUGUGUGUGUGUGCGCGCGUGUGUUUGUCCUAUCGCUCAACUGUCCUGUCAACACGUAGCUGAGCUCUCACCGAGACGGAGACGUUGCACAUCUCUGCUCUGUUCUCGCUGUAUUUAUGUUUUCCGUUCUGAAGAAUUAUUUCGAGAGUCUCCCGUUUGUGUGCGUGUGUGUGCGUCGGUUAAAGACGGUAGAAAUUUACUCCGCAAGGUGGGAAGUUAGCGAGUGAAAUUAUUGGUUCUUCCAUUUUUAACGUUUUAUUUGUUGAGUUUUUUUGUUGUAGUUAAACAAAAUAAAUCACAAAAACUAGUUCCGAACA